UAACCAUAGUACCCUAUAACCAUAGUACCCUAUAACCAUAGUACCCUAACUCUAACAACCCUACACUAAAUCAUAUCCCUCAGUGAGUUUGAGAAAAGCCCAUUUCUCACUGAUUUCCCCUCUCCACAGAUUGCUGUGAUCGGGACACGGCACGGAGGGAGCAGGAGGAUGGCGAGCAAGGCGCUGCUGAACGGGACAGCCAUGAAUGGGACGGCCAUGAACGGCCACAGUGAGCACAGGGAUGCACCAGGAGCAAACUGCCUGCCUGGUAAGAAGAAGGCAGCAGCUGGCAGGGAUGUGGCAGCAGUGAACCCCAGCGCAGCACCCUCGGCAGCAGCUGGCAGGGAUGCAGCAGCAACGCAGAGCAGCGGCGCAGCCGGCAGCAUCGCUGGGGUGUACAUAGAGGCUUCAAAGAAGAUGAUGAGUUUUUACGAUGCCACUGAAGAGCACCUGCUGAACAUGGAGCCCACACUGCUCCUCCUCGAGGCGCAAGCGGCUACGGGCGGCAUUGCUGAUGUGGGGCAGAAGUCACUCGUGUCUGUGGCAGAGGCCGUGCGGAGGGGGCUGGUGGGGCUGGAGCUGAAGGAGAGGCUGCUGGCUGCUGAGAGAGCGGCCUCCGGCUUCGUGGACCCCUACACGGAGGAGCAGAUCCCUCUGUUCCGGGCGAUGCAGAAGGAGCUGCUGGGGAGGGAGCAGGGCCUGCGGCUGCUGGAGGCCCAGCUGGCAACCGGGGGCCUCAUCGACCCAGCCACGGGUGAGCGGCUCCAGGCAGAGGCUGCCUAUAAGAUGGGCCUCUUGGAUGAGGAGAUGGGGCAGCUCCUGUCUGACGGCGGCGAGGAGAGCAAAGGGUUCCUCGACCCCAACAGCAUGGAGAGGGUCAGCUACACAGAGCUCAGGGGGCGGUGUGUGGUGGAUCCGGCCUCGGGGUUCCUCCUCCUGCCCCUGCAGCUCACAUUCGUGGGGCUGGGAGGGCGAGUGAGCAGCACGGAGCUGCGCGAUGCCGGCAUCAUCGGCCCCGAUGUGCUCAGGGCUCUGCAGGAGGGGAAGGUGUCAGCCCGGGAGGUGGCCGAGGACGAUGCGGUGCAGCGGUUCCUGUGCGGCACAAGGAGCGUGGCCGGUGUGGUUCUGCCCUCUGGGGAGCGGAAGAGCCUUUACCAGGCACUGCGGGAGCACCUCCUGCUGCCCGGCGCUGCACUGGCGCUGCUGCAGGUGCAGGCCUCCACCGGCAGCCUGACCGACCCUGUGCAGAACAGGAGCUUCUCCGUGGAUGAGGCCGUCAGGAGCGGCCUCGUUGGCCCCGAGCUGCAUGAGAAACUGUCUUCAGCAGAGCGGUCUGUCAGCGGGUACCAGGACCCCUGCACCGGGGACAUGCUGUCCCUGUUCCAAGCCAUGAGCAAGGGCUUCGUCCCCAGGGACCACGGUCUCCACCUCCUGGAGGCUCAGGUGGCCACUGGUGGUGUCAUCGCUCCGGGACGGCACUUCCGUGUCCCUGCAGAGACUGCGUGCCACUGGGGGUACCUGGAUGAGAGCACCCUGCAGCUCCUCACCAGUCCCACCGAGGACACCAAAGGGUUCUUCCAUCCCAGCUCCCAGCAGAAGCUGAGCUAUGCAGAGCUGCUGGCGCUGUGCGUCACCGACCCCAGCACUGGGCUCCUGCUGCUGCCGCUCGGUGAUGGACCCGAAGGGACGCGCCUCUUCCUAGACCGCAGCACCCAAACGGCUCUGGAGAACAUGAAGGUGCCCAUUGCUGUUGGCAAGUUCAAAGGAAAGUCGGUGUCCCUCUGGAAGCUCCUCUUCUCUGACUACAUGCAGAGUGAGCAAAGAGCUGCCCUCAGCCGGCAGUACCUGGAGGGGGAGCUCUCCAUGCAGGAGAUGGCUGAGGCUGUCCGUGCCACCAUUGAGGAAACAGCUUCUGCAGCCAACAUCACCUUUGAAGGACUGAGGGGGCGUGUGACCGCUGACCAGCUCCUGAGCUCCGAGAUCAUCAACAAGGACCUGUUCAAGAAACUGAAGGAGGGGGAAACGUCAGCCAAGGAAGUAGUGGGAAUGGACACGGUCAGGAAGUACCUGGAAGGGACAGGGAGCAUCGCUGGGCUGCUGCUUCCUGAGUCCCAGGAGAAGAUCAGCAUCUACCAGGCCAAGAGGAAAGGGCUCUUGAGGCCAGGGACGUCGCUGAUCCUCCUGGAGGCGCAGGCUGCCACAGGCUUCGUCAUCGACCCGGUGGCCAACAAACAUUAUUCCGUGGAUGAGGCUUUAAGGGCAAACGUCAUCGGCCCCGAUGUCUAUGACAAGCUGCUGUCAGCAGAGAAAUGUGUCACCGGGUACCGAGACCCCUGCUCAGGCGACAAGAUCUCCCUGUUCCAGGCCAUGAAGAAGGAGUUGAUUGUCAAGGAGCACGGCGUGCGCCUGCUGGAGGCCCAGAUCGCCACUGGCGGCAUCAUCGACCCCGUGCACAGCCACCGCAUCCCUGUGGAGGUGGCCUACAAGCGCGGUUACCUGGACAAGAAGAUGACCAUCAUCCUGUCAGACCCCAGCGACGACACCAAGGGCUUCUUCGACCCCAACACGGAGGAGAACCUCACCUACCUGCAGCUGAAGGAGAAGUGCGUGACGGAGCCAGGCAGCGGGCUCUGCCUCCUCCCCCUGAACAGCAGGAGGCGGCAGUUGGUGGACGCUGCCACACGAGAGCUGUUCUGCAGCUCCUGGCUGCCCGUCCGCUUCGGGCGUCUGCGUGGGGAGAGAGUCUCUGUGUGGGAGCUGCUGACCUCCGAGUACUUCAGCGAGGGGCGGCGCCGGGAGAUCUUCAACCACUACCGGCUGAAGAAGCUCAGCCUGGAGCAGAUCCGGGCCAUGCUGGAGGAGGAGAUGAAGAAGUGGGCCCCCAUCAAGUUUCCGGCCCUGAGGGGCAGCGUCAGCGCGUACCACCUGAUGGAGACGGGCAUCAUCGACAGGGCUCUGCUGGAGGAGGUGCUGGAGGGCACUGUCAGCCCCGAGGAAGUCUUGCGCAUGGACUCGGUCAGAAAGUACCUCUAUGGCUCCGGCAGCAUCGGGGGCAUCGUGCUCCAGCCCUCAAACCAGAAGAUGAGCAUCUACGAGGCCAUGAAGCAGAACAUCGUGGUACCUGGAGUAGCCCUACCACUCCUGGAGGCUCAGGCUGCCACAGGCUUCAUUAUUGACCCCGUGAACAACCAGAAGCUCCGUGUGGAUGAGGCCGUCAAGGAGGGUGUUGUUGGGCCGGAGGUGCAUGAGAAGCUGCAGCAAGCAGAAGGGGCAGUGUCGGGCUAUAAAGACCCCUUCACAGGCAAGAAGAUACCCCUCUUCCAGGCCAUGAAGAAGGGUCUGAUUGCGGACAAGCAGGCCAUGCAGCUGAUGGAGGUGCAGAUGGCAACUGGAGGCAUCAUCGACCCAGCGUGUGGCCACCACGUCCCCAUUGAAGCUGCCCAGAAGCGCGGGUGCCUGGAUGAGGACACGAGCAGAGCCCUUUCUGAGCCCAGUGACAGCAACAAAGCCUUCUGUGUCCCAGACAGCAAGGAGAACGUGAGCUACGCUGAGCUCAUCCAGCGCUGCCAGAAGGAUGAGGUGUCUGGCUUCCACCUGCUGCCUCUGCUGCAGACAGCCGCUCCUGCCUACACGGAUGAGCAAAUCCAGCAGCUCUUUCGGGAAACCAUAGUGAAGGAGAAAGGAAUCUCCCUCUGGGCGCUUAUCCACUCCGGGUACUUCACCGAGGAGAAGCGGAGGGACUUUGUGGAGAAGUUCCGGGCGAAGGAAAUAUCGCUGCAGCAGCUGAUUGCGCUGGUGCUUGAGCUGGUGGGGGAGAUGGAAAUGAAAGCCCGCACCCACAUCAUGCUGGGAGGUCUGCGGGGCAGCGUCCCCGCCAUCUGGCUGCUGGAGGCCGGCAUCAUCACGGAGAAGAUGUUUGAAGAGCUGGCUCAGGGCAUCCGAACUCCUGAGGAGGUGGCUGAAGACAGCAGUGUGAAGAGGUACCUGCAGGGCACGGGCAGCAUCGCCGGGGUGCUCGUAGAGGCAUCCAAAACGAAGAUGAGCUUUUACGAUGCCAUGAAGAACAACCUCCUCCUGCCUGGGGCUGCCCUGAAGCUGCUGGAAGCUCAGGCGGCCACAGGGUACCUCACUGACCCCACCACAAGCCGCAGGCUCAGUGUGAGGGACGCUGUGCAGGUGGGCAUCGUUGGUGAAGAGCUCACAGAGACGCUGCUCCGCGCAGAGAGGGCGGUGGUGGGCUACACAGACCCCUACACCGGGAGCCCCAUCUCCCUGUGCCAGGCUGUCAGGAAGGAGCUCGUUCCCAUGGCUGACGCUGUGCCUUUGCUGGAGGCCCAGCUGGCCUCAGGGGGGGUCAUCGAUCCCAUCCACCACCACCACCUCCCGCUCCAGGCUGCAUACAAGUACGGCUUCUUCGAUGAGAACUUGAACCAAAGCCUCAUGCAGCUGAACGACAGCACCAAGAUCUUCUUUGAUCCAAACACAAAGGAGAAUGUGACCUACCAGCAGCUGAAGGACCGGUGUGUUCACGAGGCCGAGACGGGCCUCUGGCUCCUUCCUCUGUCCAAAGAUGCCAUGUUCUGUGUGGACGACCAAACCAUGGAGGUGCUGAAAUCUGUGACCGUCUGCAUCAACGUGGGGCGGUUCAAAGGGCAGACGGUGUCCGUCUGGGACCUCCUCAACUCCGAGUACAUCACGGACAGCAAAAGGAGGGAGCUGGUGCAGAAGUACAAAGAUGAGAAUGCCGAAGCACUGCAAGAAAUCAUAACCAUCAUCACCAUGAUUAUCAAAGAGACCGAGACGCAAGGCAAGAAGUUUGCAUUCAAAGGCCUGAGGAAAAAGGUGUCCGCCAGCGAUCUGUUCCGGUCCCAGCUGAUAGACAAGAAAACCCUCGAUGAGCUCAACCAGGGAAAGAAAACAGUCCAAGAAGUCACCAAAAUGGACUCCGUCCGCCUAUACCUGGAGGGCAGCAAUUUCAUAGCGGGAGUCCUCAUCCAGCCGAGCAAUGAGAAGAUGAGCAUCUACCAGGCCAUGCGGAAGGGCAUCCUGAGGCCGGGCACGGCGCUGGUGCUGCUGGAGGCGCAAGCUGCCACCGGCUUCAUCAUCGACCCGGAGAAAAACAAGAAGUUCUCAGUGGAGGAGGCGCUGAAGGCCGGGCUCAUCGGGUUGGAGAUUCAUGAAAAGCUGCUCUCUGCAGAGAGGGCUGUGACGGGCUACACCGACCCCUACACAAAAGCACCCAUGUCCCUCUUUGAAGCCAUGAACCAAGGGCUGAUUGUGAAGAGCCACGGUGUGCGCCUGUUAGAGGCACAGAUCGCCACCGGCGGCAUCAUCGACCCCGUGCACAGCCACCGCAUCCCCGUCAAGGUGGCCUACGAGCGUGGCUACUUCAAUGAGGAGCUCAACCUGAUCCUCAGUGAUCCAAGCGAUGACACCAAAGGGUUUUUUGAUCCCAAUACAGAAGAGAACCUGACCUACAUGCAGCUCCUGGAGAGGUGCGUUCAGGAUGCAGAGACGGGGUUGUACAUGCUACAGGUUGUGCAGGAAGGGGGAAAAUACUUCUACAUUGAUGAGCUGACAAGGCAGGUUCUGCAGUCAAAGCCUCUUCAAGUGAAAGUUGGAAGAUUCAAGGACCAAACUGUGUCUGUCUGGAAUAUUCUCUACUCUCAUUAUAUCUCUGAGCAGAAAAGGAAAGAACUAUUAAAGCAGUACAAAUACAAGACUCUUACUCUGGAAGACCUUAUAGCUCUCAUCCUCAAAAUAAUUGAGGAGACGGAGCAAAAAGGAGAAGCCCUCAAAGUUAAAGGGCUGCGGGGUGAGGUGUCAGUGUCAGAGCUGUUCAACUCAGAGAUCAUUGACAAGAGAACUCUGGAUCAGCUGCAAGAUGGGAGCCUGACACUUGACAGCCUCACCAAGAAGGAUGCAGUCAGAAGGUACCUGGACGGCACCGGGUGCGUCGCCGGAGUGCUGCUGCCAUCAAAGAAAGAGACAAUGAGCAUCUACCAGGCGCUGCAGAGGGGGCUCCUCUCUGAGCAGUGUGCGCUGGGGCUGCUGGAGGCGCAGGCUGCCACCGGCUUCCUCAUCGACCCGCUCACCAACAAGAAGCUCUCUGUGGAUGAAGCCGUCUCAUCCGGGCUGGUGGGCAGCGAGAUGCAUGAGAAGCUGCUGUCUGCAGAGAAAGCCGUGACAGGAUACACAGAUCCCCAGGCAGGCACGAAGCUCUCCCUCUUCCAGGCCAUAAGGAAUAAGGUAGCAGCCAAGGAGCACGGUGUGCGCCUGCUGGAGGCACAGAUUGCCACGGGGGGGAUCAUUGAUCCUGUGCACAGCCACCGCCUGCCUGUGGAGGUGGCCUACCGGCGCGGCCACCUGGACGGGGACACAUUCCUGCUGAUUUCUGAUCCCGACCACGGCAACAAAGGAUUUAUAGAUCCAAACAUCCAUGAGAAAAGCAGCUACAGUCAGCUCCUGAAACGGUGUUCUAGAGACAAAGACAUGGGGCUGUACCUGCUGCCAGUCCUGGAGAAAGAAGAGGACUAUUUCUACAUUGACGAGCAAACAAAGAAAGCACUGCUGUCAACAAAGGUAGAGGUGUCCGUUGGGAAGUACAAAGGGAGUGAAUUAUCCUUGUGGGAACUUCUGUGCUCUGAGUACAUCACAGAAGAGAAAAGAAAAGAACUCGUACAGAAAUACAAAGAGGAAUCCCACCACAUUAUACAGAGAAUCAUUGACAUCAUAUUAAACAUCAUCAAAGAGAAAGAGCAGAACAGAAAAGACGUUUGGUUCCAAGGCAUCAGACAGCAAAUAACAGCGUCAGAACUUCUCAGUGCACAGAUAAUAACAGAAGAAACCAUGGAAAAACUAAAGGAAGGAAAAGAGACUGCAGAAGAAAUAGCACAGAAGGAGAGCGUGAGACGAUACCUUGAGGGGACGGGCAGCAUCGCCGGCGUGCUGGUGCCCUCCAAGGCUGAUCCCACCAAGAUGGAGAAGAUGAGCAUCUACCAGGCCAUGUGGAAAGGCAUCCUGAGGCCGGGGACAGCACUGGUGCUGCUGGAGGCGCAGGCGGCCACCGGCUUUAUCAUUGACCCAGUAAAGAACCAGAAGCUCUCUGUGGAUGAGGCCGUCUCCUCUGGGCUGGUGGGCAGCGAGCUGCACAAGAAACUGCUCUGUGCAGAAAAAGCUGUGACGGGAUACAGCCACCCAUGCACAGGACAGAAGAUGUCCCUCUUCCAGGCCAUGAAGAAGGAGCUGAUCAUCAGGGACCACGGCGUGCGCCUGCUGGAGGCCCAGAUCGCCACCGGCGGCAUCAUCGACCCCGUGCACAGCCACCGCCUGCCCGUCGAAGCCGCCUACCAGCGGGGAGGGGGCUACUUUGACCACGAGAUGAGCCGCGUCCUGUCUGACCCCAGCGCGAUACCCAAGGGCUUCUUCGACCCCAACACCACGAGAACCUCACCUAUGUUCAGCUCCUGCGCCGCUGCUUGCCGGACCCAAACCAGAACGGGGCUGCUUGAGUGCUGCAGUGAUGAGCAAGGGCUGGUGGCUCUACCAGCGAGCGAGACGCCCGCCAAAGCCAUGCAGCCACACAUACCAGCUCCCCGAGCACACAGCGCCAGGACCCUCCUGCGCAAGUACAUAGGCGGGGACCUGAAGCCAGUCUCUCAAGAUGACCGACCUUCUCAACGCCACGUCAAGCGGGGCCGCAGGUCCGGGGACCGUGCCGCCUCCACCCCAGAGAUGACAAGCAGCAGGAGGCCCAGCUCCGGCCACAACGGCAAUGUCGCAGCUCCCGGCAGGACGGGCAAGAGCCAGAGCGGCCUGCCGCAGGGUGAGAAGCCUCUGGUAUCUGCGUCAGCUGCACUAUCGCGGGACUCUACAACGUCUGAGCCUGAUAUCGCCUGGUGCAGGCUCAAGACGAUCUCCCUCUUCCAGGCCAUGAAGAAGGAGCUGAUCGUCAGGGACCAUGGCGUGCGCCUGCUGGAGGCCCAGAUCGCCACCGGUGGCAUCAUCGACCCUGUCCACAGCCACCGCCUGCCCGUCGAAGCCGCCUACCAGCGGGGCUACUUUGACCAUGAGAUGAGCCGCGUCCUGUCUGACCCCAGCGACGAUACCAAGGGCUUCUUCGACCCCAACACACACGAGAACCUCACCUAUGUUCAGCUCCUGCGCCGCUGCGUGCCCGACCCGGACACGGGGCUGCUGAUGCUGCAGCUGAUGGACAAGGGCUCGGUGCUCUACCAGCUGAGCGAGGACGCCCGCAAAGCCCUGCAGACCGCCCGCACCAGCGUCAGCGUGGGGCUCUUCCAGGGCCAGAGCGUCACCCUCUGGGAGCUCCUCUUCUCUCGCUACGUCCCCGAGCACCAGCGCCAGGACCUCCUGCGCAAGUACAAGGCGGGGACACUAAGCAUCUCCCAGAUGACCGACCUUCUCAACACCAUCGUCAGCGGGGCCGCAGGUCGGGGACGUGCCGCCUCCACCCCGGAGACGACGCAGCAGCAGGAGGCCCCAGCUCCAGCCCACAAUGGCGAUGCCGGCAGCUCCCGGCAGGACGGCAAGAGCCAAGCGGCCGUGGCCGAGGCCACGCAGCAGGAGCGGGAGCUGGAGCUGGAGCUUGAGCUGGAGCGGGCCCUGUCGUCGCGCAGCAUCCAGGUGUCAGGCGGCGACUUCCACGGCAGGAAGGUCUCCCUCUGGGAGCUCCUCUUCUCCAAGUACGUCUCCGAGGCCAAGCGGCACGAGCUGCUGGGGAAGGCCCGCGAUGGCAGCCUGUCGCUGGACGAGCUGGCCGGGCUCCUGUCCCGCCUGGUCCAGGAGGCAGCAGAGCGCAGCACCAAGGUGACGUUCCGGGGCCUCAGGCGGCAGGUGACCGCCUCAGACCUGCUGGACUCGGGUAUCAUUGACAAGGACACGCUGGCCGACCUGGUGCAGGGCUCCAAGACGGUGGAGCAGGUGACGCAGAUGGCCUCCGUCAAGCGCUACCUGGACGGCACGGGCUGCAUCGCCGGUGUGCUGGUGCCCUCCAAGGCCGACCCCGGCAAGACAGAGAAGAUGAGCAUCUACCAGGCCAUGCGCAAGGGCAUCCUGAGGCAGGGCACGGCCUUGGUGCUGCUGGAGGCGCAGGCUGCCACCGGCUUCCUCGUCGACCCAGUGAAGAACCAGAAGCUCUCCGUGGAUGAGGCCGUCUCCUCUGGGCUGGUGGGCAUCGAGCUGCACGAGAAGCUGCUGUCAGCCGAGAGGGCCGUCACAGGCUACACCGACCCCUACACCGGCGCCCAGAUCUCCCUCUUCCAGGCCAUGAAGAAGGAGCUGAUUGUCAGGGAGCACGGCGUGCGCCUGCUGGAAGCCCAGAUCGCCACCGGCGGCAUCAUCGACCCCGUGCACAGCCACCGCCUGCCCGUCGAAGCCGCCUACCAGCGGGGCUACUUUGACCACGAGAUGAGCCGCGUCCUGUCCGACCCCAGCGACGACACCAAGGGCUUCUUCGACCCCAACACGCAUGAGAACCUCACCUAUGUUCAGCUCCUGCGCCGCUGCGUGCCCGACCCGGACACGGGGCUGUAUUUCCUUAAGAUUUUUUCCAAUGCGGUGGGAGGAGGAGGAGGAGCGCAGCCUGGUGGGGAGCAGCGGCUCCGGGUCGGCGUCCGGCAGACAAACACGGUGCUCCACGGCAGCAGGACUGUUGCCCAGAGACAGAAGAUGAGUGGAGCCCUUCACAACAACAAGCCAAGCAACACGGCAAUGAACCUGAUUGCGAGGGAGUGCACAGAGAUGGGUGGGGGUAACUUCAUAGCUGGCGUCUUCAUCCAGGCAAAGAACAAGAAGCUGAGCAUCUAUGAUGCCAUGAUCAGGGGGCUCCUGACGCCGGGCACAGCCCUGGUGCUGCUGGAGGCACAGGCUGCGUCGGGGUUCCUCACUGACCCCAUAAGCAACACGAAGUUGUCAGUGAAAGAGGCGCUGAGCGCGGGGCUCAUCGGCAGAGAUUUCUAUGAGAAGCUGCUGUCAGCAGAGGGAGCCGUGACCGGGUACACGGAGCCGUACACAGGACACAAGAUCUCCCUCUUCCAGGCCAUGAAGAAGGAGUUCAUCGUGAAGGAACACGCCAUCCGCCUGCUGGAGGCACAGAUCGCCACCGGCGGCAUCAUCGACCCCACUGACAGCAACCGUGUCCCUGUGGAGGUGGCCCACCAGCGGGGCUACUUUGACCAGGAGAUGUGCCAGUUCCUCCUGAACCCGAAGAACCAAACCAGAAGUUGUUUUGACCCCAACACGCAUGAGAACCUCACCUACACGCAGCUCCUGCGCCGCUGCGUGCCCGACCCCGACACGGGGCUGCUCAUGCUGCACGUGAUGGACAAGGGCUCGGUGCUCUUCCAGCUCAACAAGGAUGCCCGCAAAGCCCUGCAGGCCGCCCGCACCAGCAUCAGCGUGGGGCUCUUCCAGGGCCAGAACGUCACCGUCUGGGAGCUCCUCUUCUCUCGCUACGUCUCUGAUCACCAAAGAGAGGAGCUGCUGAGGAAAUACAAAGUGGGAGCAGUGACCAUCCCGGAGAUGAUCAUCGUUCUCACCACCAUCAUCACCGGGGUGGAGACAGGAAACAGAGACCUGAGCUCAUCCACAGCAAUUGCCGGUGGUGAGGUAGGAGAGUCACAGCCGGUGCAGGAUACGCGCUCCCAGGAGCAGCAGUUGAGAAAGUCUUUAAAGUCUGCAACCAUCUACGUCACUGCUGGUGAGUUCCGGGGGCAAAACGUCUCCGUGUUGGAUCUGCUCUUUUCCACAUACAUCCCGCAGGAGAAGCGGCAGGAGCUGCUGGAGCUGUACAGGGCAGGGAUACUGAGCACAGAACAGGUGGCUGCAGCUGUCAGCAAUGUCAUAAACAAAACAGAAGCUGCAGAUAUCACGGCCACAGCAAAUGCUGGGUAUCCACAAAGGGCGGUGUCAGGGGCAGAGGAAAAUGGAGAUGGUCACUCAGCACAAGAUGAUGUCUUGAAGUCUACCACCAUUGACAUCCCAGCUGGUGAGUUCUCUGUGUGGGACCUGCUCUUCUCUGACUACAUCCCUGAGGACAAAAGGCAGGAGCUCCUGGAGCUGUACCGUGACGGGACACUGCCCUUGGAGCGGUUAAUAACUGUUGUCACCACACUCAUUAAGAAAAAGGAAUCUACAGGCAGGAAAUUCCAAAUCACAGUGAAGCACUCCAACAAGAACACUGCGCCAGCGGACAGAGAGAAGGAUGAUGAGUCCUCCAAGGAAGAACCAUGGGAAACAGCCUUGAAAAGCACAGUUGUCCACAUGGAGGUUGGAGAGUUUCGGGGCCGCAAGGUCUCUGUGUGGGACCUGCUCCACUCUAAGUACAUCCCUGCGGAGAACAGGAAGGAGCUGCUCGAGCUGUACCAGGCAGGAGAGUUAACCCUUGAGCAGGUGAAAACUGUUGUCAGCACCAUUGUGGCCAAGACUGAAGCAGCAAAGGCAGAGCAGUCAGCACAUGUGAGUGGUCCAAGGGCAGAGAUGGCCACCACAGAAGCGGAGCACACCCAGCCCCUGCAGGAGGUUGGGACCUGGGAGGAAACCUUGAAGUCCACCACAGUUGAGAUGGCAGAGGAUGAGCUUGAGGGGAGACGAGUCUCCGUGUGGGACCUGAUCUCCUCUGACUACAUCCCUGAGGACAAAAGGCAGGAGCUCCUGGAGCUCUACCGUGACGGGACACUGCCCUUGGAGCGGUUAAUAACUGUUGUCACCACACUCAUUAAGAAAAAGGAAUCUACAGGCAGGAAAUUCCAAAUCACAGUGAAGCACUCCAACAAGAACACUGCGCCAGCGGACAGAGAGAAGGAUGAUGAGUCCUCCAAGGAGGAACCAUGGGAAACAGCCUUGAAAACCACAGUUGUCCACAUGGAGGUCGGAGAGUUUCGGGGCCGCAAGGUCUCUGUGUGGGACCUGCUCCACUCCAAGUACAUCCCUGCAGAGAACAGGAAGGAGCUGCUCGAGCUGUACCAGGCAGGAGAGUUAACCCUUGAGCAGGUGAAAACUGUUGUCAGCACCAUUGUGGCCAAGACUGAAGCAGCAAAGGCAGAGCAGUCAGCACAUGUGUGUGGUGCAAGGGCAAUGGCUGCCGCAGAAGCAGAGCACAGCCAGCCCCUGCAGGAGGUUGGGACCUGGGAGGAAACCUUGAAGUCCACCACAGCUGAGGAGGUAAUGGAUGAGUUUGAGGGGAGACGAGUCUCUGUGUGGGAUCUGCUCACCUCCAACUGCCUCAAUGAGGACAAAAGGCAGGAGCUCCUGGAGCUGUACCGCGACGGGACGCUCUCCACUGAGGAACUCAUCAGGGCUAUCAGCAGCACCAUGAUGCACAGCAAAGACAGACAUCUCGCAGCCCUUCCCCAGCAGACAGUGGAUCUCCUCCAGUCUGAAGGCUCUUACAUUACCUGUGGGCAGUUCCAGGAGCAGAGGGUGUCGGUGUGGGAGCUCCUGUCCACCAAGCAGGUCUCCGAGUACAAACGAGAAGCGUGUCUCGACAUUUACGGGACGGGAGGGCUGACUGUGAACAAGAUCACCAUCACCACCACUGUUGUCACAGGCACACAGGGAAAGAAGAGACAGCACCAGGACCACUAGCACCACCUGCCCCAGAGGAGGAGCGAGCUCUGCCCCAUGGGGAAAUACCACCUGGGCCCUGGUGAGCAUUGGCUCUCCAUGUAGCAUCAUCACAGGCAGGAAACUGGUGUUGAAACAGUGUGCAGAGCGAGGCUGCUGCCUGG